AUGCGGCCGACGAAACCAGCUGCCACGGCGCCAAGGUCGGCGCGGCCGACGUCCGGCGUCGUGAGGCUACUGCAGGUGCCGGCGGUGGUGACUCUGGCCGUCGUUCUCGCCGUGACUGCGCCGGCGCAACCGCAGAAGGCUUCGGAGGCGGCGCCGAAGGACACGUUUCGCAACGUGCCGGGGACGCUGUCCGGGGAGGAGGGCAAGGAGGCGGAGCGGAUCAAGCACCCACGGUCACCCGAGGCGGCGCGCUGCACCUCCAAGUGCGUCAGCACCUGCGUCCUCGGCGGCGCCGGCGCACCCGGCGUCGGAGGCCCCUUCAACGUCAGAAGACCACUGGUGGUGUUCAAGGAUGGUUUCCGAAGCCGGCAGUAUUGCCUGGUGGAGUGCUCAGACGUCUGUAACCUGAUCAAGGACGGCGAAGACGACCAAUGAUCCAUCAUCACAUCUCAGCAGCUCAGCUUAAUUAAUGGAGAUUGAGAACCGUCCUCGUCCAACGUCAAUCCAUAUAUAUUCAGCAGACUAAACAGUAGUACUGCAGUAACUUUGAUUCUGCCAAACUGCACGAGCUCAAUACCAAGCAAGGUGUAAUUUUAGGUGACUGAGAUCUACAAA